AUGUUUUUGAAUUUGGUACUAAAAUAUUGUAUAAAUGGUGCUUUAGAUCAUUAUGGAGAACCUCCGACACCUUUAGCAAGUGCAGAUUUAGAAGGACUAUAUGGAGAAGAUGAUGUUAAUGUUGACAGAGAUUGGUACACUAUGGAAGAUUCUGGGACCAUGGACGAGUCGCACAAUCCAUUUGCAGACUAUGAUGGAUAUUACAGGAAGAAAGAGGAAGAAUUUGCAAAACAACAGAUGAAACGGGUGUCUGCUCGCCAGGCACAAUAUAAUCGGGACAAUGAUUUAUGGGAAACAAACCGAAUGCUUACAAGUGGUGUUGCUCAACGCUCCAAUAGCAAUGCUGAUGAACACGAUGACGAUGAGGCACGUGUACAUAUUUUAGUCAGGAAUUUAAAACCUUUAUUUUUGGAUGGCAAGACUGUUUUUACAAAGCAGCUUGAACCUGUACAAGUACUUCGAGAUCCUACUGCAAAUCUAGCUGUCAUUUCUCGCAAAGGAAGCAGGCUUGUGCGAGAAAAACGAGAACAACAAGAACGAGCUAAAGCUGCUGGAAAGACAUUUCAACUUGCUGGGACCUCUCUUGGGAAUAUUUUGGGGGUUAAGCAGCAAGACUCUUCAUCAGAUUCAAAGGCCUCUGCUACUCCUACGCCUGAUCAAGAUUACAAGGGCGAGGCAAAAUUUUCAGAUCAUAUGAAGAAAAAAACCGACUCAGCCAGUGCAUUUUCUCGUUCUAAAUCUCUCAGAGAACAGCGCGAGUAUUUGCCUGCAUUUUCUGUCCGUGAAUUGUUGAUGCAAGUGAUUCGUGACAAUCCAAUUAUUAUCAUUGUUGGCGAGACUGGAUCUGGAAAAACUACCCAGUUAGCACAAUUUUUGUACGAAGAUGGGUUUACAAAGCAUGGUAUAGUGGGAUGCACUCAACCUCGACGUGUGGCUGCAAUGUCGGUCGCGAAACGUGUCAGCGAGGAGAUGCAGACUGAACUUGGUGGACUUGUUGGAUAUGCAAUUCGUUUUGAAGAUUGUACCACCCCGUCGACCGUUAUAAAAUAUAUGACUGAUGGUGUUUUGCUAAGAGAAUCACUUAGAUCGCCUGAUAUUGAUCAAUAUAGUUGCAUUAUUAUGGACGAGGCGCAUGAACGGGCUCUAAAUACUGAUGUGCUUAUGGGGCUUUUAAAAACAGUAAUGACACGUCGUCGAGAUCUAAAACUUAUUGUAACAUCUGCCACCAUGAAUGCUGAAAAGUUUUCUCAAUUUUUUGGCGGUGCUCCAAUAUGUACAAUUCCCGGUCGAACAUUUCCUGUAGACAUUAUGUUUAGUAAAAACCCGUGUGAAGAUUACGUUGAUGCUGCAGUCAAGCAAGUUCUUUCAAUCCAUUUAUCUCAUCCUCCUGGAGAUAUUCUUGUGUUUAUGACAGGCCAAGAAGAUAUUGAAGUAACAUGUGCUGUUAUAGAAGAACGCUUGGGACAGCUUGAUGAUGCUCUUCCACUUUCAAUUUUGCCAAUCUACUCGCAACUUCCUGCAGAUUUACAAGCUAAAAUUUUUGAAAAAACAUCCAACAACUCACGAAAAGUUAUUGUUGCCACCAACAUUGCAGAGACGUCGCUAACAGUGGAUGGAAUCAUGUAUGUAGUGGAUUCUGGGUUUUCAAAGCUUAAGGUUUACAAUCCCAAAAUUGGUAUGGAUUCUUUACAAAUUACACCUGUUAGCCAGGCCAAUGCCAAUCAGCGUGCAGGACGUGCAGGGCGUACGGGUCCGGGAUUUUGCUUUCGUCUUUAUACGGAUUCGUCGUACAUUCACGAAAUGUUUCCAAAUAAUAUACCAGAAAUUCAGCGCACCAACCUUGCCAACGUAGUGCUACUGCUAAAGACGCUAGGGGUGAAAGAUUUGCUCAAAUUCGACUUUAUCGAUCUUCCUCCUCAGGAAACUAUUCUGAACUCAAUGUACCAACUCUGGGUACUUGGCGCUUUAGAUAAUACUGGGGAGCUCACAAAAACUGGUAAAAAGAUGGCCGAAUUUCCAGUUGACCCGUCAUUGGCCAAAAUGAUAAUUAUGUCGGAGAGUAUUGGAUGCACGUCGGAAAUAUUGACAAUUGUAUCGAUGCUGUCUGUUCCAUCAAUUUUUUAUCGUCCAAAGGAGCGCGCCGAGGAAAGUGACGCUAUGCGAGAAAAGUUUUUUGUUGGUGAAUCUGAUCAUCUUACCUUGCUGCAUAUAUAUAACCAAUGGAAGGCAAACAACUAUAGCGAGAUUUGGUGUGCCGAUCAUUUUUUGCACGCCAAAGGAAUGCGUAAGGGGAGGGAAGUUCGAAAGCAGCUCGAAGAUAUUACUAAACAACAGAAAAUACGCAUUGAAUCUUGUGGAAGCGACUGGGACACGGUUAGAAAAUGUAUAUGUGCAGCAUAUUUUCAUCAGUCUGCGCGCCUAAAAGGAAUUGGCGAAUACGUGAAUAUGAGAUCUGGCAUGCCUUGUCACUUGCAUCCUACUAGCGCAUUAUAUGGACGAGGAUAUACUCCAGACUACAUUAUUUAUCACGAACUAGUUAUGACUUCAAAGGAAUACAUGCAGACAGUGACUGCUGUUGAUGGAACGCAAGUAUUAUUUGUACGAGUAUAUAAAACAGAUUGUAGUGAUAUUGAUUGGCUUGAUAACGUUGUUUAG